AUGAACAAGACGAAAGACGGAAACCCGGAAAUUGCCCUCGAGCAUGCCGACGACGUCGAGCUUGAGAACCAAGAUGCAAACCCCAAAGACGUGACCCUCGAUGCCGCUGCCAAAGGUCAAGGUGUAUCGGGCUAUGAAACCUUGACGUUGUGGCAGACGGUCAAGGCCUUCAAAGUCUGUUCUGCCACCUGCUUUAUCGUUGCCUUUAGCGCGGCGACUGAUGGCUACCAAAUUGGUAUCAACGGCAAUAUAAUUGCCAACCCGGGCUUCAUCAAUCAGUUCGCCACAGAAACGACCUCCCGCGGCGAACCCAACCUCGCUGCUCCCAUCCUCAGCGCCUGGAGCUCCAUCAUGUCCGUUGGACAGAUCAUCGGCAUGACCACCAUCCCCUUUCUGUCGGACCGCUUCGGACGCAAGGGCGCCAUGUACUGGUUCUGGUUCGUCCUGUCCAUGAGUAUCCUCUGCGAGUCUGUCGCCCGGACAUGGCCCGUUUGGCUGGUCGCCAAGCUGCUCGCAGGUAUCGGCGUUGGCUGUCUCCAGUCCACCGUUCCGACGUACAUCGCCGAAGUAGCGCCUACGAGAAUCAGAGGUGGUCUCCUGCUGGCGUACAGCUUCUGGUUUGCACUCGGGCAGUUCUUCGCGCCCGUUGCGUUGCAGGUCAUGUCUCAGUAUGCCAAAGAGGACUGGAAGACGCCGAUUUACACGCAAUGGAGCCAGAUUGGUUUGAUGAUCAUCAUUUAUGUAUUCAUACCGGAGUCGCCAGCAUGGUGCGUCACGCGGGGAAAGCUUGACUUGGCCAGGAAGAAUCUUCGCUGGCUGUACAGGGGCGUUGAGGGCUACGAUGUGGAACAGCAGCUCCAGCUGCUUGUCAUCGCCGUCGACCAUGAAAUGGAGGUCGCGCAGUCGCAGUCGAACGUCAAGUGGUAUGCCAUAUUCAAGGGUGUCGACGGCAAGCGGACCGUCACGGCGUUGUGGACGCUCAUGACGCAGCAAUUCGUGGGCUUGACGCUGUUUUCGACGUUUGCGAGCUACUUCUUCAAGCAAGCUGGCAUUCAAGACCCUUUCCAGGCCACCUGCAUUACCUCCGGGAUCAAUAUUGCGUCAGGCCUGACGUUCAUCUUGCUUGCGGACAAGGUUGGUCGUCGGUGGAUUUCGUGCAGCGGCUCCACGCUGUCGUGGGUUGCUUGUCUAGCCAUUGGAAUACUCGGUGUUGUGCCGAGAAGAGGACCGACAUUUGUCCUGCUCGUCUUCUUUGCUUGUCUAUGGAAUAUCGGCAUGACCGCCAACGGGGCCACUGGAUGGGGCUUCAUUGGUGAGAUUUCAUCCCAGAGACUGCGGCCUUACACGGCUGGUUUCGGCGCCGCCUCAACUUGCGUUGCCGGUGUCGUCAUGAAUGUGUUGACUCCGUACAUGGUUGAUGGGAACCGCUGGAACUGGGAGCUCAAGACGGCCUGGUUCUACACUGGGGUCGGCCUACCCUUCGUGGUGGCCAUGUGGUUCUUGAUUCCCGAGACCAAAGGACGCUCUGCCGCCGAGUUGGAUGAACUGUUCGAGCGUGGGAUCAAGCCGUGGAGGUUCCACAAGACUCUCACGGCAACAGAGCGCCUCGUCAAUGUUAAUCACGGGCAAGACGCUGGCACUGAAGAGAAAGGAGGUUCAUGA